CAUGCCCGAAAAAGCCACGGACAGUCCAAUCAGUCCUACUAGAGCUGUGGGUGAUAUACUCAAAGCAACAUAAACUGCUAUUGCAUUCUUCUUGACAUAAACGAAUCGCGCUCCAAAUGAAUUACCUGUGCUGCCUGCUUACUACCAGACUCGCUAUCAAUUGAACCCAUACUAUUGUCAUUGACUCUUACACAUAUCUACUGCACUUCUCUCUUUCCUUGCUUUCAAGAAGAUACCCCUCUUGUGUCCUUAACUUGGCACGUGAAUCCCUUCGUAGGCGCCCUACUCAAGGACAAGAGAAAACCAUCCAUAGAGAUACAACAUCUAUCAAGGGAAUUUCAAAUACUACACAAUGCCUAUCACAGGAGUCUACUUCAUCCCCUCCAAUCCAAAUGCAUCCACAGGGCUAGCCACAAUCACAGAGCGCCUACACACAGCCCUAGCAGACGAACCAACAUUAGUAGGCCGUUGGUUCCUCGAACACAGGCUAAUGCGCGAUACGCCAUCAUGUGUUCCAGCCUCAGCAUCUCAGCGCCAAGUGCAACCGCGCUAUAUGCAAUUCCUAUCACUGUCUUUUCACUCCAAUCACGGCUUCAUCUACACCUCUGAAGCACUAGAAAAAACCACCCACCACACAGCUACCGGUGUUAAUUCCACACCAGCUGGCUCACCCACCAAUACUUCUCAAAAUGGAGCGCCAGGCGCAACAGCGCCCACCCCUUCCACCCCAUCUAAUGCCGUUGCACCGUCAGGAGGACCAAUGGUCAUGACCACCGUGCCGCUUCCAUCCUGUAAUGCUCUUUUCCAGCACUUCGGCUACGCCUGCCAGCCUUUCUGGUGCCAUCGACACACGGUCACCGUACCAGGCGGCGUGGUCUACGAUGUGGGUGACUUCCGGGUUCGAGUGGGUGAUGUGCGACAGACUCAACCAGCAGCGAGGGUGCGCGGAACAGUUGUCGAAAUCGAAUGGCGGGGUCCCUGUAUAGUCGAUUCGAUAUCAGCACCACGGAAUCCGAGCGACGGGCAAUUAGCUGAUGAUGACGACUCCGGGAUUGAUAUGGCGUUCCCGGAUGCUAUUGAAGAUGCGGAUAUUGAUGCCGAGUAUGCGGCCAGUGCGGCGUUGAUCCGGGAAUUCUGGGCGAGGCUGGGCAUUGAGGGGGCCAGAGAAGCUAUCUUAUUGCCGGAUGUGGGUAAGGAAGCUAAGGAUCGGUUGAGGAGGUUGAAACAGAAGGGCAGACAUACUGUUUCUGACGAGGCAAACCUACAGCAAGCGGAUGAGGAUCCGGAUCCGGAUGCGGGUGUGGAUGUGGCGAGGCAGUUUAUGGAGAUCUUUAGGUUCAAUCGGUAAAAAUACCAGGCCUCGAUGUUGAGGUGAAUCUAAUCUGAAUUGUC